GAAGCCUUAGCGCAAACCUUACAAGUGGGGUCAAACAAACCAACAUUUAUUGACAAACCACUUCUUAAACACCCCAUCUACCAAUCGUGAAUCCAUAAUCGUACUACCAUAGAACUAAGCUACCAUCACCGACCAAGAUCCCAUAUCCCCCCAAAAUGUCCACCUCAACCAACACCAACACCAACACCACACUCCCCUCCUCAUCCCCAUCCACCUCUCCUACAGAAACCUCUCAGCGCACCGAAGAAGCCAAAACAGCCUUCACGGCUUCUCUGCGCUCCGCCGGCGCAAACUACGACAGUGCGCUACGCGACCGGGCCCGUAACAUCCAGGAGAAUUCCUCCGUGCUUGAUAAGCAGGAGGCGGAUGUGCGGCGGGCGACGGAGCAGUUGGCGAAGCAGAAUGAUCAGCUUGCCAAGGUGGCGGAUCAGGCGAGGGAUGGGUUGAAGGAGAUUGGGGAUGUGCAGAAUUGGGCGGAGUUGAUUGAGAGGGAUUUGUUGGUUGUGGAGGAGACAGUUCGGUUGGCGGAGGAGAGGGAGAGGGGGAAUGGGUAUGCUCACGAGGGAGAGGGGAAUGGGUUGGUUGAGAGGGAGAGCGGUAGUGAUAAGGAUGGGAAGGGGAGGAAGGGUUGGUUUCAGUGGUGGUGAGGGUGUGUAUAUUUGCUGUGUUUAGGCUUGAUGAUGCUAUCCAAGUCAUUUGU